AUGAUGGACAAAGUGGCCGAAAGCCCGCUCGCGCUUCGGCAACCAUCACUCAAAAACUCUUAUUACAGCAUUGAGAAUUUGCUGUCUUCCAGGACGCAUGGUCCACCGACCAACAAUCCAGUGAAAGAAAUCUACAAGAGAUUGGCAGCUGGAAAUGAGCUGCAGGUCUCCAGUCCGGAUUCAACGUUGAAUUCCUGCGAUCCCGACGGGCCUGACCGCAGUUUCAGCAGUCACAGCGACAACAGCAACGACGGCGACGUCGGGGACGGACCUUCGCCAGGGAAGAAGUCUAGACUGGAUUCAUCCUUUGACGUGAAAGGUUCCGGCAGUGAUAUUCAAGACGGCGACGGAGAAGAGAAGCCCAGAAAAGUUAGACGAAGUCGCACCACGUUCACCACCUUCCAGUUACAUCAACUCGAAAGAGCCUUCGAGAAAACUCAAUACCCCGACGUAUUCACCAGGGAGGAACUCGCUUUGAGGCUUGAUCUAAGCGAGGCUCGUGUUCAGGUGAGGAGCAGUUUUAAAUCCCAUGAUUCACUUCAUGAAAUUGCCCACGUAGAAGAAACUCUUGUGAUCCCCGUGCCCGCCGUUUCGGUCUUAAUUGCCAUCGCUCCGAUGCCAAUUUCGCGCCUCGCUCGAGGCUGCGAUUUCCCACAAAAUCCUUGCCUGGGCGCGAACCCAAUCAAGCUGGAUUAA